CAGACACGAGGGAAAUUCGUUGUGCUGUACCAUAGAGUUGCUGUGUGUGAGGAUAGCUGUUGAGGGAAUCGCAUUUUGGGCAUAAAGGCAGACAGGAGUUUAGAUUUAAGAUCGCACGUGGCUCUCGAAUGUACGCUCUUUGGCAUUGGCGUUUGGACACUCCGAAAUUCCAAAACCCUUGUUUCUGUGGGAAAAUGAAGGCCAGCUUCCUUCUCUUUGUGGUCUGUUUGGGAGCCCUUGCUGUUUGUAAUGCAGGCGAUCUGCGGAAGCAAUUCUACAAGAAAAGCUGUCCUCUUGCUGAGGAUAUUGUGAGGAACAUCACACAGCAGCGCGUCUCCGCCAACUCGGGAUUGCCGGCAAAGCUCUUGAGGAUGCAUUUCCAUGAUUGCUUUGUUAGGGGAUGUGAUGCGUCGGUGUUACUGAAUUCCACGGCGAAUAACACAGCUGAGAAGGACGCAACUCCUAACCUUUCAUUGGCGGGUUUCGAUGUGAUUGAUGAAAUAAAGGCCCAGUUGGAGCAGACAUGCCCUGGAGUCGUUUCAUGCGCAGAUAUCGUGGCUUUGAGUACUAGGGAUGCCGUUUCAUUUCAAUUCAACAGAUCCAUGUGGGAAGUGCUGACUGGUAGAAGAGAUGGAAACGUGUCAGUUGCGUGGGAGGCCCUUGCCAAAAUACCUGCCCCUACCUCUAACUUCACCACCCUCAAGCGAAACUUCGCCAACAAAGGCCUCAACGUCCAUGAUCUCGUGGUCCUAUCAGGUGCACAUACAAUUGGAGUGGCCCACUGCAAUGACUUCAGCAACAGGCUCUACAACUUCACAGGGAAAGGGGAUGCAGACCCUUCUCUCAACUCAACCUAUUCAGCUUUCUUGAGAACCAAAUGCCAGAGCCUAUCAGACACCACAACCACUGUAGAAAUGGACCCUCAGAGCUCCCUCUCUUUCGAUAGCAAUUACUAUGUGAUCUUGAAGCAAAAUCAAGGUCUCUUUCAAUCCGAUGCUGCGCUCUUGACGAACAAAGGUGCGGCAAAGACCGUUGAUGAGCUGACCAACAUGACUGAUUUCUUCACCGAGUUCUCACAAUCUAUGAAGAGAAUGGGAGCAAUUGGAGUCCUCACCGGCAGUUCGGGAGAGAUUAGGAAGAAAUGUAGCGUCGUUAGCUCGUCGUAAGAGCAAUUUGGUUUGUACGGCCCACAUACUGAGAUUGUCUGACAAUUUUAAACGUUGAUUUUCUUGGUACUGCAAUAAAUAAUCUGUGGUCUAAUAAUCACAUUUCAGUGAUCAUCUUCGCCUUUGAUUUUUAUAGUUAAAUGUGAGUUCAUUUUCUAGGUUCCACUGUAAAUAAGCUAGGGGUCCAAUAAUCACGCUUGGGUGAUGAUCACA